CCCGCCGGCCAUGCCGCGGGUGUACAUCGGCCGCCUCAGCUACCAGGCGCGGGAGCGGGACGUGGAGCGCUUCUUCAAGGGCUACGGCAAGAUCCUGGAGGUCGAUCUCAAGAACGGGUACGGCUUUGUUGAGUUUGAUGAUCUCCGGGAUGCAGAUGAUGCUGUUUAUGAGCUCAAUGGUAAAGAUCUCUGUGGGGAGAGAGUGAUCGUGGAGCACGCCCGAGGCCCGCGGCGCGACAGCAGUUACGGUUCCGGACGCAGUGGAUAUGGUUAUAGAAGAAGCGGAAGAGAUAAGUACGGUCCUCCCACCCGUACAGAAUACAGAUUGAUUGUGGAAAAUUUGUCAAGCCGCUGCAGUUGGCAAGACCUUAAGGAUUAUAUGCGUCAGGCAGGGGAAGUGACAUAUGCAGAUGCACACAAAGGAAGGAAAAAUGAAGGUGUGAUUGAGUUCAAAUCCUAUUCUGACAUGAAAAGAGCCCUUGAAAAGCUGGACGGGACAGAAGUAAAUGGCAGGAAGAUUAGAUUAGUGGAAGACAGACCUGGAUCGAGGCGGCGCCGCUCUUACUCCAGGAGCCGAAGCCAUUCGAGGUCUCGCUCUCGAAGCAGGCACUCCCAUAAGAGCAGGAGCCACAGUGCCAGUAGCAGUCACUCCAAGAGUAGAUCAAGAUCCAGGUCUGUGUCCCGUUCCAGAAGCAAGAGCCGUAGUCGAAGCAAGAGCCAUAGCAGAGGCCAAAAAGAGAAAAGCAGGACUCCAAGUAAAGAGGAUAAAAGUAGGAGCCGCAGCAGGAGUGCAGAGAAAUCCCAAAACAAAAGCAAAGAUAAAUCUGAGAGCACUCUCCAUAACAGUGAUGAGAAAGCAAAGAGCAGGAGCUGCAGCAAGGAGAAGAGCAGGAGCAGGAGUAAGGACAGGGAAGAGAUGAGAGAGAGCAUGAGGAGCAGGAGCAAGGAGAAGAGUAGGAGCAAAGACAGGGAGAAGAGCAUCAGCAAGGCUAGGAGCAGGAGCAAGAGCAGGGAUGAGAGUAGGAGCAGGAGCCACAGUAAGGAUAAAAGGAAAAGUCGGAAGAGAAGCAGGGGUAACAGCAGGAGCAGAAGCAGGAGCCGCAGCAAGUAUGAGAAAAGCAAGAGGCGCAGCAAGCGAGACAGCAAACCAGGUAGCAAGAAGAAAAGGAAGGAUGGCCACGAGCGGUCCAGGUCAGACUCCAAAGAGGAGCAUCUAAAAUCAGAGCCUGUCAAAAAGGAGGCAGACGGUGAGGGUGAGGAUGCAGCCACAUGCCCAGUGUCUCGCUCCAGGUCUAGGUCCAUUUCCAAGCCAAACCUAAAUGUCAAAUCAGAUUCUCGUUCCAGGUCUAAGUCUGUUUCAAAGCCUAGGUCCCGGUCCAAGUCUAGGUCUAGGUCUGCCUCUGGGUCACACUCCCCAUCGCAGUCAAGGUCUCGCUCCACAUCCUAACCUUGCUGCACCCACACGUGGACCGGUUGGAGGAGUCUUUUGUACCUGUGUAGUAGUCGUAGCGCAAGUGAUUGAAGUAGAGAACACAUCGAUGCUGUGUCUUUUCAGGAACCCCGAUGGGAUGUCUCGCUGUCCAUGCAGUGCCCCCUCCCUGCAGUGCUCACUGGUGCAAGGCUGCUCAUUCUCUUUAACCCCACCUCUUCCAGAGCACCCAAAUUGCCCUGUUUUUCCAGGCAGAGCCUUGCAGGGAAUGUGCACUGCCCCGUGGUGAGUAGAGGGGGUUGCAGUGCUGACUGAUAGGUGGGUAUGAUGGCCUCAACAGUCUUUGCCCUUGAACUGAUGCCCUUUGAUGUACACCAUUUAGUGGAAGUGCUGAGCCUUCAGUUUCAUACUACUUUUGUUCCAUGUUUUUUGGACUUGUGAAUAGCACAGUCAAAAAGGGGGUGGGUGGGGAAAAAAAAAACAGAGGUACUUGCAGCAAUCCAUAGGGAAAAGUAGAGUUCCGUAUUGUGGCAAUAUCCUUGUUUUGUAUUAUUUUUUAUUCUAUUUAUGUUUUCCCUGUCUUGCAGAGUACAGUGAUUCCUGUGCCCAUGAGAUUUGAAUAAAGACUAUUUUUGCUUGAUGACA